UGUUUGCGAUCCCUCCGACAUCAAUACGAAAAUAGGUUCACGUUAAAAAAACAAAGCGCAUCUCAAUGCGUGACCUAUGAUUACAAACUGCGCAAAUACGGAGCGACGCCUGGACAAAUUAUGCCGGUUUUAGACUUAUGGAAAGACUUAUGAAAGGAUCGUGUCAAGAAUGUGAAGGUCGCGCAAGCAGCCGUGUGCAGACAACCGUGACUCCUAGUCCGCCUGACUCGCUAUAAGAGUAGCAAGUUGAGCCGAAAAUCGCUGCUUUCACAUCGACAAGUCUUAGACGGUUUAUAGUUCUGCGUGACUCCGGUAGUUAUCAGGUGGUGACCUACUGCAAGUACUUUUGGUUUCGAAAAACCAAGAUGGCGACAUUAACGACUACGCUGCUCUUCUGUGUGCUCAUGGUCUCAGCAAGCGCAACCUUCUGGCAGAACUCACGGCGUGACUACACCAGACCUAGCAGCGUGUACAGCGCCAACCAGCAAAGCUCCGGCUUCGGUGGCACCGCCUCCCAUGCUUCCCUCGGUGGGUACCAGACCUCCGCCAGUCAGACGGCCAGCCAGUACGGCGGGGGAGGACACCGGCCUGGUUACAAUGUACCGUACAGCGGCAGCAGCAGCUAUAACACGGGACAGCAGGGGAGUAAUCUCUAUGGAUUGCUCGGCAACUCUGUCCACACGAGACCAAAUUAUGGAGGAAACAUCGGAGGAAGCAACUACAGGCCCAGCUAUGGAGGGAGUUCCCACAGGCCAUCAUAUGGAGGGAGUUCCACCAGACCAUCAUAUGGAGGCAGUUCCCACAGACCAUCAUAUGGAGGCAGUUUCCACAGACCAUCAUAUGGAGGCAGUCACACCAGACCUUUCUAUGGAGGCAGUUCCCACAGACCCACCAAUGCAGGUAGUCACAUCAAACCUUACCAUGGUCAAGGAGGUACUAUCCCCAGCGUGUAUAUCAUCAGACCAUCAGGCUAUCAUGGACGCCAGCAGAGGAGACGCAACUCCUAUUACGGCCCCUCAACCCGUCCGAAUCACGUGCGCUACGCGUAAGUAAUUAUCGAUCAAUCAGAUUGAAGAUGGCGAAAAGAGGAGGAUUUUACAGGCGACUAGAAGAUUAAGUCGCUCGCACGGCAGGUGUACGCUCACGCACACCGUAUAUGCACGUAAUCACCUUACUGUGUGUUUAAUGGCUGGCUACUGUCACGUAGUACUGGUAGCCUCGCCCAGCUUCUAUAAAUGAUUCUCCGCGGAGCGGUAUUAGAUCAACUUUCGCACCUCAUAUAGUCGUUGAUAUAUAGGACAAACGCUAGUAGUAAAUACAGACGCUUCUAGCAUGUAUAGCAAGAGUCCAUAAUAGAGUCUCUGUUAUGGACUCUUGAUAUAUAGCCAUCGCUAUGUACGUACACCAACGUGCACGUGCGCGCAUAUUGUCUGUAUUCGCAGUGAUGAACAAUUUCGCAGUGGAGAAGAUACUGGUAGGGAUACACACACCUACAUAUACUGGCCUCUUUAUUCUGGUGAUUAGUUGCGCAUUAUCUAGUCAUAGCGUAGAGAUUUAGAACGUUUAGAACGUACCGAUUUAUGAACGAAAUGGAGUAUGUCUGCAUUGCGUGGUAAUGUUAUUGCUGUGCCGUAAAUCUUGCAUAUCGUGUGGUGAGAUAUAUUUGCAAAUAUAACCGUUGACGAAGAGAA